AUGAAAAUGGCGGAUCUGGAAUUUCAAAAUCUCCCUCUGAAAGGAAAAUUAAUCGUUCAAAAAAUCACUGAAAAUGAGUCAAAUUUAACAGUGAUUGUUCAAAAAAUCAAGAAGUGUGAAGGAAGUAGAUUGGAUAUUACAAAUUUACGGAACGAUGCGCGAAAGGCAAUGCAGGCAAUAAAAUUGGAACUCGAGCAUCUUUCUGAAAUGCUAGAAGUUGAGGAUACUGGCAGAAUAGCAACUUGUAUUGAAGAAGCUAUCUCAAAGCACAAGAAAGCUCAGAUGAAUUUGCAAGUAAGCCUUCGUAAAGCAUAUCUGAUAGCUGAAGAAAAACUGUCCUCUAGUCAUAGAAAUGAACUCUUUUCUAAUGAAAACAAAGAAGUCUCUGAGAAUUCAAAUAUUCAUAGAAGGAAAAAGAGUCAGGAAAAAGCAGCAAAAGUUUCAUCAAACAUCACAGCAAACUUAUUAAAGAUUGCAGAAAUGAUGAACAGCCAAGUUGAACAUAACAUUGAAAGUACAAAGGUGCUUGAAGAAUCCUCAAAUCAAUUGCAAGAAACACAAGAAGAGCUAAAGGGGAUGGCAGGUGUGAUACAAAUGAGCAAAAAGUUGAUAAAUAAAUACAGUAGAAGAGAAUUAACAGAUACACUACUUAUAUUUUUUGGACUAGUUCUUUUCUUCUCAACUGCUAUUUAUAUAGUUUUAAAAAGAAUUUGAAUGUAAUUUAAUUAGCAUUGAUAAGUAAAGUAUAUUGGUUAAGUAUAUUAGUAUAGUAUAUAAGUAUAGUAUAGUAUAUUAGAAUACAAUUUCAUAAAACUGAUUGUUUUAUCUACCAAACUUUUCCCAGUAUUAUUAGUCAUAUGUGCAGAAUGGGUUUAAUGGAACAUCUUAAGUCUCUCGGCACCCUGAAAUUUUGUGUUUCUGAAAAAAAUUGUUCACAGUUUAUUGCUGUUUUUGAAGAUAAUAAAUUAUGAACAAGGCCUUACAGUAAAUAUUGAAAGAUGGAGAUGCCACAUGAAAAAAUAUGUUGGGCAAAGAAAAACUUUCUUUUUUAUGUAAUUCAAUUUCUAGUUUUUGCUAAUUGAUUUAUUGAGAGCAAAGCACUUGAAUUGUUAGGUCUGCCUAGCUUCCGUUGCCAGUUUUUAAGGCAAUUUUAAGGCAUUUAGACCAGUGUUGUUGUCAUUUCUCAAUUUGACAGGACCAUUGAAUUCUGGCUACUCCCCUCUCUAUAACUCCCUUUUAAUGUCAAGAAAAUACUAAUAUAUACAAAGGACGGGGCUGUUCAGGCUGGUGUCCCAAAGAUGGGACGAUUCUGGCCACUAUUCAACCAAACAAAUCAUUUCAGACAUUGAAAUUUGCCAAAAAAUAUUCUUUCCUCAACCUGCAAAAGACAUUUUGUAACAUUUCUCUCCUUACUCAAAAAAUGAAAAUUCCAUCAACCCAAAAGAAGAAUUUUGCAGAAAACUAACAAGAAAAUUACUUUUACACAACUUCUAUAUACAUAAAAAGUAACCUGAAAACCCAAACCCUAAAAUGUAUGAGUACUCUCUAACCCCAGGGAAGUGUAACAUAGUUUCGAUAGAUUGAUGCUAUUGUUUUCGUACACAAAAUAAGAAACUCGGUUGUGAGCCUGUAGCAAAAAGAGCUUAUUGAACAAAAAUAGAUACAACGGCUAUAAAAAAACUCCAGUAUAUACCAAUCAAAAAAAGC